CUCUUCACCUUUACUUUAAAGGGUGAUUAGUUUUGACAAUAUUUUAUUGAGUUUAAAUUUUAUACACCGUCAGCCUGAUAGUGUUGAUGUAUAUAACUUAGAUGAUAUUUUGCUUACUAUUGUGGGUCCCAGGAGCGUAGCUGCACUCAUGUUAGGGUGCCCAAUUCUUCGUCGGAAAAAAUAUCAUAUAUACAAGUAAAAUGAUGCACAAAAUGAUUUAGAUAAUAUAUUUCGGACACCCUUAAUACAACAAACUGUUGUAGCAUAGUGGUUUUAGCACUUGGAAUGAGGUAGUGCUUGUGUGUUCGAAUCUCAAACUUGUUUUAUUUAUUAGUAUUGAUUAAGGACCUAAAACUUUCUUAAAUAGCUUCAGUCUAUCAAACGCGUAGAUAAGUCAAAAAGUGUUUAUACGCUUACCUGAACACUCUCAAUGUUUGCUCUAAGACACCAAAACAACAGACAUACCCAGUAUAGUUACACAGGACUAUUUCCGAUAGACCCUCGGUAUAAAGAAACUCUAAGAAACCAAAAGCAUUUCUUCCUUACUUUUGUUUAUGCACCUUAUAUGUGUAUAUUUUGUUAUUUCCAGUAUCUUCACUGUGUUUGUUGCAGAUUUUUGAAUCGAACUAAGAAUUAAGGUAAUUUCGAUCUUGCCAAGAAAGAAACAGGAUAUUAUGCCGACCUCAUUAACAUUUCACAGAAGUUAAAGAAAGAAAGGGCAAAAAGGAAAAUGCAGAUAAAUGGAGUUGAAACAUCAUUGUCAAUAAGUAAUUUGAAAUGAUAUAUACCAGGAAAGAAAUGAAAAUAGCUUUUUUCGCAUCAUUAAUUCAUGGAUUCCAAUAGAGAUAAAGACACAUAUUUUCUCAUUCCAAAUUUUGUCUGCACUUUCACUAUGCAGUAUAUUCUAUCAGUGUAGGCCGUCUAAAAUGCUCAGCAAAAAAGACACUAUGGCUUCUGCUUCAUUCCUUUCAACAAUCGGCAAAAGGCUAGAGGGGAAAGUAGCAAUUGUAACCGGAGGAGCUAGUGGUAUCGGUGAAGCAAUUGCAAAGCUCUUCUUUGAACAUGGAGCCAAAGUGGUCAUUGCUGAUGUCCAAGAUGAACUCGGCAACUCGGUCAUCAACGCCCUUGGCGGCUCAUCCAACUCCAUUUACAUCCACUGUGACGUCACAAACGAAGACUACGUCCAAGAAGCUGUCGACAGAACCAUCGCCACAUUUGGAAAACUCGACAUCAUGAUCUGCAAUGCUGGCAUAUGCGACGAGACCAAGCCAAGAAUCAUCGACAAUACAAAAGCAGAUUUUGAACGAGUCCUUAGCAUCAAUAUAACAGGAGUUUUCUUGAGCAUGAAGCAUGCCGCUCGAGUCAUGGUCCCGACACGUAGCGGCUGCAUCAUAUCCACCGCUAGUGUAAGCUCCAAGGUUGGAGCUGCAGCAUCACAUGCUUACUGCAGCUCCAAACACGCCGUGUUGGGUCUUACCAAGAACCUAGCGGUGGAACUAGGACAAUUCGGUAUACGUGUGAAUUGCUUGUCACCAUACGCGAUGGUCACGCCAAUGGCGACAAAGAUCAUUGGACUUGAAAAUGAAGAGCUUGAGAACGCGAUGAGCACGAUUGGGAACCUUAAAGGUGCUACUCUGAAGGUGGAUGAUGUUGCAAAAGCAGCAUUGUUCUUAGCAAGUGAUGAUGCCCAGUAUAUCAGUGGGCACAAUCUAUUCAUUGAUGGGGGAUUCACUGUGUCUAAUCCAGGACUAGGCAUGUUCAAGUAUCCAGAAUCUUGAUAUAUGGGAUUUCAUUCAAUUCUUUUUAUAAACAAGUAUAACAACAACAACCACCUUCGUUUAAUCCCGCAAGUUGAGUUUGGGGAGAGUGUGAUGUACUGUGUACAUUCACCUUGCUCCUACCUUUAUGGGAUAGAGAGGUUGUUUCUGAUACACUUAUGUUAUUAUGGAAAUACUAAGUUAUGAUUUUAGAAUUAAAGAUAUCCAUUGUUACCUUUUACAGAA